CGCCGCUCGGGCCGGACAACGGGCGAUGGCUCCUUUCCGAAAGCGGAGUAAAAGUUGUCCUUUUCUGAGCCAGGAAUUCCUGAUCCAGAACCACGCCGACAUCGUCUCCUGCCUCGUCGUCCUGGUGCUGAUUGGGCUCAUGUUCGAGGUUACGGCAAAGACUGCGUUCAUGUUUAUUUCCCCGCAGAACAAUGUCAGUACGGUGACUGCAGAUGGAGAAGUUGUUUAUUAUCUCUAUGGGACCAGUGACUUUGUCACCAUCUUGUUCUACAUUUGCAUCACCAUUAUCCUACAUGCAGUCGUCCAGGAAUACGCACUCGAUAAACUAAACAAACGGCUACACCUGUCGAAGAUCAAACACAGCAAGUUGAAUGAGUCGGGUCAGUUGAUAGUCCUUCAUCUCAUUUCUGGAAUCUGGGGCUUUUACAUCGUUGUGACAGAAGGUUAUGUGACUAACCCAAGCAGCCUCUGGGAGAAGUAUCCUCACAUCGAGCUCUCCUUCCAGGUGAAAUUUUUUUUCCUGUGCCAGCUCUCCUACUGGAUACACUCGCUACCAGAGUUAUACUUCCAAAGAGUGCGGAAAGAGGAGAUUCCCCGACAGCUGCAGUACAUCGGUCUCUACCUCCUGCACAUUGCAGGCGCUUACCUACUCAAUUUGACCCGGUUGGGAGUUCUGCUGUUGGUGUUACAGAGCGUGACAGAGCUGGUGUUUCACACAGCCCGUUUAUUCUACUUCAUCCAUGAGAACAACCAAAAGUUUUUUAAUGCCUGGGCAGUAGUCUUUGUCCUGACCCGUCUAAUGACCUUAACACUCACUGUGUUGGUGGUGGGAUUUGGACUCUCCCGUGUGGAACAUCAGACCUUCGAUAUGGACAAAGGAAUCUUCAACAGCCUUCCUAUUCGGCUGUGUAUCCUGGUAACUGUGUGUAGCACCCAGGCCUGGAUGAUGUGGCGAUUUAUUAACUUCCAACUGCGACGAUGGAGAGAGGUUCAAGCAGAGCAGGCAUCUCGUAGGAAGAUUGUAGGCACCAUGGCAACACGAGGCCGGGUCCUCCGCAGGGAACCAGGUCACCAUGACAAUGGUUUGAUCAAAUCAGAGAAUGGCACAUCACCUCGGACUCGAAAAUCCAAAUCACCCUAAACUAGGCCAGUCAGGGCUGGGAGUCUUUCUGACCACAUCACCCCUGGCCCAGGGGGAUCAAACUUGGACCUUCAAUAACUGUUUCUUAUUCACCAUUCUUCCCUGAAGCACAACCCCACCCUCCACUUCUUGAGUCCACUUUCCAGUCAGUGCCUCAGUCAACCAUGCCCUCCACAUUUUAUCCAAAUCUCUCCCAUUUCCCAAAUCCUUCCCAGGAUCAAAGCAUAAAUUAAUCCCACCAUCCCCAAUCCAUGCUCAAUCCUAACUCUUAUCCACACACUGGAUGAGAUCAGCUCAGUUGGUGUAGAUUGGAGAUGAAGCCCUGUCCCCUCCCUGCCUCAGAGUGUGGACCACAGCACCGUCUUUUUGGCUGAUUGAAUUAACAUGGGCCUCUUUACAUUAAAGUGUAAAGUACAUCUGGAUAUGUGUCAGCAACUGUCAAUGGUCCUUGGAGGCUCUCCCAGUGCCCAGAGCAGGGUCUGCCAGUGCCCACAGCAGGGUCUGCCAGUGCCCACAGCAGGGUCUCCCAGUGCCCACAGCAAGGUUUCCCAGUGGCCCAGAGCUGGGAUGAGCCUAUCUGAUGUCCAGUGUUUAUCUGCUGUACCUACAGCUCCCCAUGAGCAGCAGUGAUUGAUGGAUGACUGGAAAUAUCAUCACCGUGAUCCUUCCUGCCCUCGCUGUAGGGUGACAGUCGUGUAAGUCUGACUGUAAAUAAACAUGCAAAUUGAACAUGA